AUGACUUCGUAUUCAAGCACUCCCAAGACAACUGUUUCAAACCAUUUUUAGAAACAAAUGAGUUAGCUGUUAAGCUCAAACAUUACUAUUGAUGUGAAAGAGUUUUAGAAGAUGUAUAACAAUUUAUAUGGAAUUACUAGACCUGUAAAUUUAACAUCAUCAGAAACUACUGAAAAGAUACUAGCUAACUCUUCUAUUCCUUAUGAUCCACCAUAAAAUAUUCAUAAAGCUUAAUUUUAUAGAUAGCUAGCUUUAGAUAAAAUUGAUAACAAAAAGAUUGUAGAGAAAGCUGAUAAAGAAUCUAAAAAGGAGGUUGAAAAUGCAAUAAAGAGAUUGUAGAAUAAGAAAUUGAAGAAGUAAAUAUAGGAAGGAUAAAAAAAAAACCUUGAGAAAAAGAUCAAAAUGCUUGACGAUAAUGUCCAAUAUAUAGUUGAUCUCUAUAAAACUAUCAAUGACGCUAGAGAAAAAUUGGAUGAAGAAGCACGUAAAAAUUAAUAAAGACUAAAAAAUUUGCGUAAAGAAUCAUAGGAAAAUAUUAAAAAGAUUCGUGAAGACAUAAUUCUUUAAAAAAUUUAAGAGAAAAGAAAGUUACAAAGCAUUUCUUAAGUAAAUAUUAUGGAAAUAAGGAGAAGAAAUGAAUAGGAGCAGGAGUAAAAUAUGAAAAGGCGCUUAGAAAUGUUAAAUAGGAAGAAACAAUCUUAAAAUAAACUCGUUCAAUAUCACAAAUCUAAAAUAUAAAAUAUAAAAGAUUAAUCUGUAGUUGAUAUCAAAUAGCAAGAAGAGACUGAAGAAAAACUUUUAGAAGCCUAAAAAAUUCUACGAAAAAUUGUAGAAGAAGAAGAAAAGCUUACAAAUGAUAUGAGAUUCAAUGAAGAAGAAAAGUAUCGUAUGAAAUCUGAAUUAGGAUUAGUUUUACCUAAUUAAAAGCAUCAUGCUUCACAUUAUGAUUCACAAGGCUUCCAAACUCCUAAUAAUCUUUCUAUAGCAAAUUAAAACUAGCAUGCAUAAUCUAAUAGAGAAAAAGUAAGCAACAAUACUUUUCUUACUAGUUUGUGA